AUGAGUGCGUCUCUGUACAGAUUAUCCGCGACUCUCUUGUGCCGGGGCAAUAACCAAGGCACUGCGGCGGACGUAUUUGGCCGCAGAUGGGGAAGUCAGAAUACCUCUUCCUGGGAACACUUAGCGAGUUUGGUAAAGAAGGACAAGGUGGUGGUGUUUAUCAAGGGCACCCCGGCUCAGCCCAUGUGCGGCUUCAAUAAUGCUGUAGUGCAGAUCCUGUGGAUGCAUGGUGUCGAGUACUACGCUGCCUACAAUGUACUGGAGGACCAGGACCUCAGGCAAGGAAUAAAGAAUUAUGCAAUCUGUCCGACCAUCGCACAGGUAUAUUUAAACGGGGAGUUCGUCGGAGGAUGUGACAUUUUACUUCAGAUGCACCAGAACGGAGUCCUUGUGGAUGAGUUAAAGAAACUGGGAGUGCGCUCGGCAUUACUGGAAGAAGAGACCAUCCAGGAAAAGAAGUAAAUUACCAGAACCAAGCACUUUUAUUAUAGACUAGUAAUGUUGAGAGCUUAAUUGGAAGAGUUCUGCUAACACCAGAAAAGCCUUAUACUACAGAGA